AAGUGCCGGGCGGAGCCAUCGCUGCCAGCCGCCGGGUGAGGCGCGGGGCGACGAUGUGGUUCAUGUACGCGCUGAGCUGGCUCGCGCUCUUCAUCCAGGCCGCCUUCGUCACCCUCGGCAUCGCGGCUGGAUUGUACUACCUGGCAGAGCUGAUAGAAGAGUACACCGUGGCCACAAGCCGGAUCAUCAAAUACAUGAUCUGGUUCUCCACGGCUGUGCUGGUCGGCCUGUAUCUCUUUGAGCACUUCCCGGGUCUCGUGGUGGGCGUGGGUCUCUUCACCAACCUGGUCUACUUCGGAUUGCUGCAAACUUUCCCUUUCAUCAUGCUGACCUCUCCAAAUUUCAUCCUCUCCUGUGUCCUGGUUGUGCUGAACCAUUACCUGGCCUUUCAAUAUUUUGCAGAGGAAUAUUAUCCCUUCUCAGAGGUACUGGCCUAUUUCACCUUCUGCCUCUGGCUCAUCCCCUUCGCCUUCUUCGUCUCCUUGUCGGCUGGCGAAAACGUCCUGCCGUCCACCGUGCAGCCUGGAGAUGACGUGGUCUCCAACUACUUCACCAAAGGGAAGCGAGGGAAACGUUCCGGGAUCCUCCUCGUCUUCUCCUUCAUCAAGGAAGCCAUCUUGCCCAGCCGACAGAAGAUGUACUGAUCGUCCUCCCCUCCAGCAACACCCCCCUCCCCCCAGAUGUUGUCGUUUCUCACCCACCCCUCUCCCUCUUCUGGACACAGGGGGACCUUCCUCCUGUUCUGAGCCUCCACGUCCCCCUCUUUUUUCCUGACCUCCAGAUCCGUUCAGGGUGAACAAAGCGGGAAAGAGCCCCCAAGGUGUGCGCGUGGGAGCAGCUCUCUUUCCUGUGGGUGGCUAGGGAAGGGGGACGAGGUCGAGGACCGCCCCCCAUCUCGCUCCACCCCUCUCAACGGGGUUUCCGAUGAGCUCUUAGCAUGCUUUUUUUUAAGCCGGGGCAGUUCAUCUCUUCGGGGUAGGAAGGCGGACGCGACUUCUCCACGGCCGGAUUUCUUCCAACGUUUUUUUUUUUUUGUGAGAGGAAUCUGCCCGGGAACGAAGGACAAAAUGGACUUCUGAAAGACGCCGCCUUCUUCCGUCGUGGCUGACCCGAAACAGACCAGCCGGCCAGGAAUGACAACAACAACAAAAAAAGGAGUCUAAUAAUUCUUCUUCCUUCAUUGUGCUAGGAGGGUUCCUCUCUGGGAAACUGGCUAAACUUGUGUUUUGAGGGGGAUUUUUGGUUCUUGUUAGGAAA